GGAAGGGGCGGCGGCAGCCGCGGCAGCGUGGGGCCGCCAUGGGCCGCAAGAAGAGCAAGAAAGGUCCGGGCGGCCGCGAGGGGCGGCUGGUGGUGACUUUCGACGAGGAGCGGCGGAGGGAGUACCUGACCGGCUUCCACAAGCGGAAGGUGGAGCGGAGGAAGGCGGCGCUGGAGGAGAUCAAACGGAAGCUGAAGGAAGAGCAGAGGAAAAUGAAAGAGGAGCGGCACCAGGAGUAUCUGAAGAUGCUGAGCGAGAGGGAGGAGGCGCUCGAGGAGGCUGAUGAACUGGAGCACUUGGUGACAUCGCGGACAGAGUCUGUAAACAUCGACCACCCAAACCACAUCGUAACAGUGACCACCAUCAGCGACCUGGACCUCUCGGGGGCACGCCAGCUGGGACUGACCAGCCCCAUGGGAAAAACUGAUGGAUCUGAAGAAGAGAAAGGGGAAGAAGUGGUGAAAAAGCCUGUGAGAACAAUGCCCAAGAAGUCCAGAAACCCCUUCCUGUCUGAAAAAAUCUCUUCUCUUACUGCCACACUGCACAUGCACAGCCGGAAAAAGACAAAAGGAAAAAGAUUCCAACGUGGGCAAGGCCCACGUAAGAAAACCCAGAAGUCCAGCACCGGACGAACCACCAAGACUCAGCGUCGGAGGCUGACUGGCAAAAUGGGCCGUGACCAGGAUUAACAGAGAAACUAAUGUUCAGACCACCAGCUGGGACAGUGCUCCACAUCUGGCCUGCUGCUCUUUGGGGCCCUGUCACUGUGGGCAAGCACCUUGUUUACAUGACAUUUUGACUAGCCAUUACCCAGGCCAGUUCAGCCUUUCUGUAGCCUCCUGAGCACUGGCCAGGUUGACUAGACAUUCUUCCCAUUUAUUUUUGCAGUGGUCUCCAACUAAGUGUCUGGGUACCCCAGAAUCUCUUAAAAACUUCUGCUGAAGGUCAUAGGUCAUGUUCUCUACUUGGCGUAGCCCGUCUGUCCUUGGUGCCCUCUGUCAGAGCUGAUACUUGGCUUUAUCAAAGAAGAGGAUCUGGGGCAGAGUGCAAGAGGCACAUUGUUGUCAGGACAAUUUGAGAGACUUGGGAGAGCUCUGCUUGCACUCCUGCAUCAGUGCCCUGGCAUUUCUGCUGUGCAGUAAAUCCUUUUUCCAUGGAGACACGGUGUCAUCUUGUCUCCUGUGUUUUUUCACCACACAACACAGUGCCACACCUGAAUGCAGGGGUACUUUUUGUUUGGUACUUGUGCCAGGUGAAAUUGGGUAACUUUGUGAAUAAAUUUGAAGUAAUUUUGCUAA